AUGGCUUAUAUUGAAAGGAGGAAGAAUGAAGGAAGACGACGAGAUGUCAAGGAACGUACUAUGAACAAAUUUGCAGCUCUAGAUGAAGACAUAACAUCAAGAUACGAUUAUGAAGAUGAAGAGGAAAAAGCCUUACCUAUCAAUGUUAGUAACGUAAGAGUUUGUUCUAUUCUUGAGGUUUAGGUAUUAAAAUAGUGAAGGUAUUGCUUGUGUUAGAAGUAUUAAUGUCUGAAAAAUGUUUUUGAGGCAAUUUAUGAAUUUUAUUUUGUGAUUUUUCUAGCUUUGAAAGCAAAAACGGAAAGCAAGUUUAAAAUUGAUGGGUAUUUUUGGUGAUAGUGCCGUUUGCUUAUUUUUGCGAACCUUUUUGUAGAUGAAUUUAUACGCAUAUUGAAGAACAUUGUCUACUCUGACUUUUAAGCCUAAUAUUGGUUAAACAAACUUUUGUUUCAGCGCGCAGCAUCAAGAAUAACCCGCGGAGGUGGAAUAUCGCUGGUCAGGAAUCGGCAACUGGCUCGACAGACUGGUGGAACAAAUCGCCGUGACAACAUUUAUCAAGUGACAGUUCGAACACAAGGUCGUGGUGGUAUUGCGUUUGUGGCACAAGCAUUGGCCGAACAUGUCUCCGGGUUCAUGCCAUUUAACUUCAAUUUGGAUAAUCAAAAGAAUGUGACGUUUUUCGUGUUGACGGAAGAAGAAUGUGACAGUAUUAAGAUGCUGAGCAGAAGAUUGUCUUACCCUCCGGGGUCGUCGCAGAAGCUUGUGAUCUAUGCCAAACAAACUCCAGCGCCAUGGGAGGCGUUGGUCAUGAAUAUAAAACAAAAUAUUAGAAAGGUUGUGGAUAGUCGGCAUAACAAGGCAGCUAACUCGCUCGAUUUGAGCGAGUUUCAACAUGAUAAACGUGAGUUAUUGGGGAGGAUGGACUGUGUUUUAGCUUGGAAAAUGAUAAUUUUAAAAUAUGGUUUAUAGGUAUAGGUAUCACAACACAAAAACCUAUGGUAACAUAGAGAUAUCAAUAAAGAACUUACAAUUUUUAUUAAAAACUGAAGAAAUAUUAAUUUUUGUUGUUUUACAAAGCUUCAACGAAAGUUUCUUUCAGUUUUUGUUCAAAACGACCUGGGUAACUUGUGCUCACUUACCAGAAAUGCAGUUAUGGUUGAAGUAAUCAAGAUUAUAAAUGACAAAUACCCAGAUAUUACCGGAAUUAGUUUGAAGGUACGUUUCACAACUAAAAAUGUUUUAGCUUUAAGUUUGAGGGCAUUGUUAGUUGAUAUAUAUUAAUUUUGCGCUUUUUCAGAACAACAGAUUGAACUUGUUGGAUACAGCUAUGACGUUGACGUUUGCAGCUCCUCAAGUGGUUGAACUUGACUUGUCUGAUAAUCAAGUAAGUUUAUUUUUGGUGUUUGUUUUGUUUUUAGGCUUUUACAUGAAUCAUAGAGAGUGUUUUAUGAUUAAAACAAGACUUCUCAAGAGUAAAACAAUGUUUUUCAUGGCUAAAACAAGGUUUUAAAGCCUAAAACAAGGCUUUGCAUGGCAAAAAAAGCCUUUUACUGCCUAAAAUAAGCUUUUUCAACAGUAAAACAACCUUUUCAAGCUCAAUACAGACCACAUUUCAAUAGGUAAUGCUUACAAAUUCCAGUUGAAAUCAAUAACACAACUGGAAAAGUUCCGUCAAUGGGGAAUCGAACGACUACACCUGGAGAACAACCCAUUCACAGCUGAUUAUGCUGAUGGAUCUUCAUACACAAGGUUUAUUUUAGCGAGAGAGGGCGCGUGGAAUGGGGGUUAGGCUAGAGUUUGGGGUGUUUUACAUAAUAUCUUGAUAAAACAUGGCUUAUAUCGGACUGAAAAAUGGAUUUUGAUCUGAAGCUUGAUAUUAUACUGGAUAUUGAUGUUGAGCUAGAAAGUUGGUAGAAAUCGAAAUUAAAAUGAUAAGUUUUGACAGUGCUUUUGGGCUCACAAGAUAGAAAUAAGCUGGUUAUGUUAUAGUAGGGCAUGGCAAUUGAGAUAGAGUAGGUAAAAUGAAGAACAGACUAAAAAAUGUUGAGUUAGGUCAAGAAUAAGGUUAACAUAGAGAUAGACCUGAACCUGGGGGCUUAUUAAAUUCAAGUUAUAACUGAUUGUGAGUUGAAAGUGUGACUAACUUUGACAUUCUUCAUGUUUUUAAAGUUCAACUUGAUGAGAUUAUUGAUAUUAUGAUAAGAUUUGUGAUAUUAUGUUAACUUUAAUGAUACUAUGAUAGGAGUAAUGAUGUUAUUGUAUGUGUUUGCUUGAGUUAACCCUCUGUUUUCUAAAAUUUGCUGUUUUUCUUUGGCUUGAUGGUUGCUUACACAUUGUUUCAGUGCUGUUCACGAUUACUUCCCGAGGGUAUCGUACCUGGUAAGUUGGGUUUGAGGUGGUUUAUGCCGAUGUUUUAGGUGGAAAAUUGAAUUUUCAGAUGAACUUUUAAUUGAAAUAACAUUUUUUAAUUAUAUUUUAAGAAAAAAUUUUUUAACUAUAUUUUAAUUAAUAAUGACACUUUUACAAAGUUUUUUGACUUAAAAUGGCAAAAAGGAAAGAAUAAGGCGUUUAAAGGUGAUAUGAACCUGAAAAUGGACAAAAAUCUAAUGGGGUUUUUAAGGAUGGAACUGUGGUUCAUUGCAACCCAUACAAAAUCAACGCCGAUCUACAGAGACGAGCUGGCGUACCAUAUCCGCCAGUACAGGUACGAUAAUAUUUUUUGACUUGACUGGUUUUUUGGUCGAUUUUGGAAGUUUACAAAUUUUUUUUACCAUUUUUUUUCUAAAAAAAUUUCUGGUGAGCAAGGGGGUGGUUCAAAAAAAUGUGGCUCAAAAUUUUUUGAACAUAACACUUUUAUAAGGAUAUCAUUUCUAUCUCAGGUUAAUGUAAAAUACGACUCAACCUUGUUUCAUCAUUAAAAUAUAAAUUUUUUUUAUAUUUUCAGCCAGGAUAUGCUCCGGACGCCACACUGAAACUGAUGGUGGAACAGUUUCUCGUCCAAUUCUUUGAAAUCUACGACGAUCCUGUGCCGUCGAGGAGUCGUCAGAACCUGAUCAAUGCUUAUGAAGAAACAGUAAGGGGUUUCAAUAUUAUUUUUUUUUAGUUUUAGGUAACAAAAGGGUUAUAAAGAGCAUGAAAAAAGUUAAAUUUAUGCUUUGAAAAGGCAAGAAUUGAGAAUUUUUUCUAAAUUUUUGAGGUUUUUCAAGCAAUUUUCUUGAAUUCCGGAGCAGGCAAAUCUUUUUAAAGAUUCUUUUUGUAAUUUUGAUUCUUUUUGCAAUAUAUAGAUCUAUAUAACGUAUUUUACACUAACUUUUAUAGGCAACCUUUACGCAUUGCAUUCAAAUCGUUCCGGACAGCAGAAUGGUACCAAAGGGAGAUGAGUAAGUUCAUAUUUUUUUUAUUUUUUUUAUGUUUUAGGUAUGAAAAAGGAGGUUUUAGGAUUAAAAGAGGUGCUAAAGACAUGUUUUUUGAAUUUUUAUUAGUUAUUUUACUGUUUUUCAACUUUGGAAGUUUAGUUUUGGCAUUUUUUUGGAAAAUUUUUGAGGAUUUUUCUGAAAUUUUUCGAGGUAUGAAUUGGAUUUUUAAACUUUUUGGGGUAUUUUAGGUAUGGAAAAGAGAGUUUUUGGGCUGAAAAAUAUGUAGAAGGUAUUGCUUUUGAAUUUUGAAUAGUAGUUGUGAACUUUUGAAACUAUGUACAAUAUGUUUUGGUAGUUUUUUCGAAAUUUUGGGUCGAUUUUUUCACUUUUUUUCAAUUUUUUUGUUGAAUUUUGAUCUUUUCUAACAUUUUUAAUUAAAUUUUAUGUUUUUCUGGGCUUUUAUAUUAAUAUUGGAUCAUAUUCAACCAUUUUCAGAGAAGCCUUCCGCCAAUACAUUCGCUCCUCCCACAAUAUUCUCCAUGAAAGCAAGUGGGAAAAGUAUCGUGAAAAGCUGAUGUCAGUGGGCGCCAUGGAAAUUGCUGUAGCCUUGAGCAGACUGCCAAUCACACAACAUGUAAAAGACAGCUUUGUACUGGACUUCGUCAUGAUCACCAACAAUCUGGUCGUCUUCACUAUCAGAGGCAUAUUUUGUGAUGGUGAAGAUGUGACAAAGGCGAAUAGUGCUGAGAAAUGCUACAAGUUCUUCAACCGCACAAUGGCUGUGGUACCGAAGGCUGAGGGGUGAGAAUUAAAAAAAAAUUUCUGGGCGGUGUAAAAAAUUUUGGGGGGGAGGAAAAAAUUAAAAAUUUUAAAAAAUGAAAAAGCAUUGAAGGGUUGAUUUGAGAAUUGAAAAAAUAUGUGGGUGGGGUAAAAAUUUUUGGGGGUGGAUAAAUCUUUUUUCAUAGAAAGUGGAAAAAAUUGAAACUUCAAAGUAAAAUACGGUGGCCGGAGCUGAAACUGUAAAGUCCAAUGUAAUAUUCAUGAAAUUUUAGAAAAAUUGCCAUUGUGAACGAUCAAUUAACGAUAUCUCCCAUCAACUCGGAACGUUUGGAACGAUAUCAAAGACUUAUCAAAAAGGCUUUGGAGGCGGUAAGGAUUGGAAUUUUAAUUUUGAAAGAUUUUUUAAAACUUUUGUUUUUUCAGCUAAAGAUCGAUGAUUUGUCACCUAAAUUUUCCUUUUUAGUUAUAAAUUGACGAUUUAUUACCUAAAUUCCACUAUUUUCAGCCAAGUGAUCCCCAACCCAACAACCUGGAUCUCAACUCCCUCUCCGUCAACAACAACCCUCAACAGCCCGGCCCAUCAGGCCUCCAGAAUCUCAAAAUGGAGCCAGUCCAACCAACUCCAGUCCAGCCGACUCCAGUACAACCUCAACAAGCCCCACCCUCAACUCCGAACUAUGAUGUGAACGAUCCGAACAUACGAGAACAAAUGAUCGUCACCUUCUGCCAACAGUCAGGCAUGAAUCGGGAAUGGAGCCAGAAGUGUUUGGAAGACAUGAAGUGGAACUACGAGGAGGCGGGUCAGGCCUUCACUCAAGCUCGUGCCAAUAUACCGCCCGAGGCCUUCCAGCAGUGA